AAUGAUGAACCGAUUAAUUGCCUAUGACCCAAAGUCAGAAUAGUCUACGUCACGUCACAGCUGGCCAACAUCCCGUCUGUUCUGGUCUCAUAAAAACCAGCUGGCAGAUUUGGCCAGCCUCCAGCAGACACCCUAUUAUUACUAGGUGGAUGAAACAAGCUGAUUGACGCGAUGGAGAUGCUAAAUAAACUGAAGAGUACUGUUGGAGGGUUGAUUGGGAACCCUGUGAUGAGGGAGUAUGAGAUCAUCAGACAUGUAGGGAGCGGAGGACCGGGCUGUCUGUGGAAGAUAUAUCAUGCUGUCAAGAGGUCUACCAAGCAGGAAGCUGGUGUAUUUGUAUUUGAAAAGAAGCUCUUGGAAAGAUUUGCCAAGCGAGAUCGGGAUCCACUGUUAGAGAUCUUACGGAAGGGUUCCACCCAGCUGACAAGGCUACGCCAUCCCUGUGUGCUCACUGUUCAACAUCCACUGGAAGAAACAAGAGAAAGCCUUGCAUUUGCCACAGAGCCUGUCUUUGCAAGCCUAGCCAACAUAUUAGGAUGCCAUGACAACAUGCCUUCGCCCAUCCCUCCGUACAUUGGAGAACACGAGCUGUUUGAAGUCGAGAUUAAAUAUGGACUCCUACAGUUAACUGACGCCUUGAAGUUUCUACACAAUGAUGUCCACAUGGUCCAUGGUAAUAUCACCCCAGCAAGCAUCAUCCUCAACAGCAAUGGAGCUUGGAAGCUAGCAGGAUUCGACUUUGUCAUUCCAUCCUCAUCACCAGCUGAUCAACCGGCUAGUUUCCCCUUACGAGAGCUUAUGAACGACGUCUCGGCUGUUCUUCAGCCCAACCUGAACUACUUGGCCCCGGAAUACCUGCUAACACAAAGCUGUGAUACGUCCAGUGACUUGUUCAGUCUGGGAAUGCUAAUGUACUCCGUCAUUAACACCGGGAAACUCUUCCACGAUUGCAACGAGAAUCUGUCCACUUUUAAACAGAAAUCAGAACAGCUGCGUAGUCUGAGUAUAUCAUUAUUAUCCAGUCUCCCUGAUGGUUUGAAGGAAUACGUCAAGAUGUUACUAAGUACCACACCUACAAUCAGACCGGAUGCUGAUCAACUUGGCAAGAUCCCAUACUUUGAUGAUGUUGGUGCGAUGACACUGCAGUAUGUAGACUCGUUGUUUCAACAAGACAAUCAACAGAAAGCUCAAUUCUUCAAAGGUCUUCCUAAAGUCAUCUCCAAACUGCCCAAGAGAGUUGUACAGCAGAGGGUUCUACCGUGCUUGUGUAAGGAGUUCAUGAACCCGGACAUGGUGCCCUUCGUGCUCCCCAACGUCCUUCUCAUCGCAGAGCAGUGCACGGAUCAGGAGUAUGUCAAGCUUGUCUUACCAAGCCUCAAGAACGUCUUUAAGAUGCAAGAACCUGUUCAGAUUUUACUCAUCUUCAUGCAACGGAUGAACCUCCUCCUCACGAAGACACCGUCUGAAGACAUCAAGAAUCAUGUUCUACCCAUGGUUUACAGAGCUCUAGAGUCUUCCUCUGCUCAGAUACAGGAGCUGUGCCUAAACAUUCUGCCUUCGUUUGCCGGGAUGAUAGAGUACAACUCCAUCAAACAUUCCAUCGUCCCCAGACUGAAGAAAAUUUGUUUGGAAACCUCCCGCCUGUCAGUUCGUGUAGGAUGCCUGGUGAGUCUAGGAAAGAUGCUUGAGCACAUGGACAAAUGGUUUGUCCUUGAUGAAAUACUACCGCUCCUCAUGCAGAUACCUUCCAGAGAACCUGCUGUUCUUAUGGGCAUCUUAGGUAUUAUCAAGGUAUCAAUGAAUCAUAAGAAGCUGGGUAUCACCAAAGACAUUGCGGCCACCAAGGUUCUUCCUUUCCUCUUCCCUCUCUCCAUCGAUAAUAACCUCAAUCUGCAUCAGUUCAAUGCGUACAUGUCAGUGAUAAGUGGUCUCAUCAAACUGGUAGAGAAGGAACAGAGAGUCAAGCUGGAACAACUUAAUGCUUUGCAAGAAGAACAAAAGACAUCUGUUGAGUUUGCCCAGAAGCUGCAAGCCAGUGGUGGGAAUGAGGAUGUUCCAUUGUCAUCAAGAGGGGAGAGCAACAAUACUGGAGGGACUGGGGUGGACCAGAUGUUUGAGACGUUUGGAUUGGACGGCCAUACCAGUCAAAAUGGGAAGAAUUUGUCUGGUCAGAAGCAGUCCUCUUCCAGCUCCAAGGGCCAAGCAAGUAGCACAGGAUCCUCCACCAAGGCACCAGAGCCCGCCCCAGUGCGCCCCUCACAGGUGUCCCUGAGCCUGGAGGAGAAACAACGUCUUCAGAAGGAGCAGGAGUUUCAGCAGCGGUUGAAGACCCAGAAGGUGAUCCAGCCUGUAGAGACAAACAAGCAGCCCUCAAGGUCUGCUGUCAAAGACCUGUCAGGAUCACUCGCCAUGGAGUCUGGAAGUGGCAUCAAGGGCAGGAUUGCAGGAAUGGACAGUGUUUGUACGAGGACAGGUGGUGGUGGUGGUGGUGGUCUAAUGUCCAGUGGAAUCGGCAGCAUGAAUGGUUCACCGUAUCAUCCACCACCAAGUGCAACGUCUUCAGGGAGUAUCCUCGGAGCAGGAGGAAUGGGUGUUUUGAAUGCUUCCUUGCUCUCUCAGCCGGUCAAUAACAUGUCGCAGAUGCCUCCUCAAAUGAACAAAACGCAAGCGAAAAAGAACCUCGACAUGUCCACCUUUGAUUCUCUCCUAGCUCCGUCUCAGUCCCAGAAAUCUCACAGAACACUCAGUCAAAUGUCUUCAGCUAACACAGCACCUGCCACUAACCCUCACACAGGACAAAGCUCAUCGCAAGUGUUUGUCCAAAGACCACCAGGUAGCAUGGGCCAGGCCGCAUAUGGAGGUGCGGGUCAAGGGUCGCAGGGCAGCAUGGGUCAGGGGUCAUUUGGAGGUGCGGGUCAAGGGUCGCAGGGCGGCAUGGGUCAGGGGUCAUUUGGAAAUAUUGGUCAAGGACAGGGUGCAUUCGGACAGGCAGGCAUGAUGGGUAAUUAUAGUGGAGGAAGUCAGGGCUUAGGUCAAAUGUCGUGGCAGGCGUCGGCCAUGCAGAAGCAGCAACAGACUCCAGGGGCACAGCAUACAGGAGUAGGAAUGGGUACAGGCUUCGAUCCAUUUUCCAGCACAGCUGCAUCAAGCCAGCAGAAACAGAAGACAGUAGGAGGUGAUAACCUGCUGGAUUUUCUGGGGUGAAUCAUGUGGAAACGUCUUAAUAAUAAUAUUUCUUGCAGCACGUUUAGGAACACUUUUUCAGCUUGCUUCUAUGACACAUCCAGUGACAACAAUUUUUCAUGCAAGACUGACAUGAAAUCAUGCAGAGGUAAUGAAUGAAGCAAGAUCUACAUGCAUGUACAGGAAGUAUUGAGGAUUGAAUGUCCAAGUGCACUUGUUUAGGCAAACUUCAACAUUUGCUGUUAACAAAGCAUGUAGUGAAGGUUAAAAAUGAAGUAGGAUAUGUGCAAUAGACCCGUUUACUCACAUAUUCAAAUUGUAUGCAUACUUUCGAAACAAAGGUUGUUCUUGACUACAUGAAGCUUGCCUGGGGUUUACCCAAUAUAGCAACAAGUGAUGAAUGCAGACUAGAUUCCAAGUAGUGUACAGGGUAGUUCUUCAUCAAUAACAAUUUAAUUGAAUAACUCGUCUCUAGGUCCCCGGGAAUGAAACACCCAUCAAUUUGAAUAUUUAAAGGCCCACUGCACUACUUGUAGCUACUUGCGCCCUCUAUAUAACAAACAAUGCCUAAUCGGUGACCAUUGGUCCCCCAUG